AUGAAGACGCUUCGCUUCUCUGAACCGGUCGAACAAUGGAAAUUCAAAAAUUCGUUAUAUUUUUUAUGGCUUCUUCAACGAGGGGAGGAAUUUGGAUCGUGAAGCGGCGUCCGCUAGGGGUUGCUCGCUCGGCCGCUUCGCGCCUGCGCACGUAGUUCGCGCCACUGCUACGUCGCUUGCAAGCCAGAUGUUCUGAAAAGCUUCCUGUCGCCGUUCUAAUGCUCCGCAUUUUUAUCUAUUAAGUUAUUGUAAAAUGUGGACUAGGACCUUUUUAUUAUUUUAUUUAAUGAGUGAAGUAAUCAGUGAAUAAAUAUCAUGUGUAUUGGAUAAACUGUGUGUAGUAACUUAAAAUUAUCGAGCGUCUCGAUGUCCACGAGUUCACUCGGGACCAACAAAGCGGCGGACAUUUUAUUUUGAGUACUCGAUAAUGUAGCGUUCGCGUCGAAAACAUUAAUGUCGUUUUAUGGUUAUAAAUUCGGAUAUCGUUCGCUUACACCUUUUCGAUGCCGAGAGGGGUGAAGCGAGGGCCGGCGGAGGGCGAGGCCGAGGUGGUGGUUCGCGCUACAUCCUCUCCUUCGCAUACCACGCUACUGGACGACAGCCCUAGCCAGCCCAUCAGCUAUCAUCUGCUCGACCAUGGCUACGGCGCCACGCCACAGCAUCAGAUCAGGCGCGAGGCGCCUACGGCACCGCCGAAGACGUCUGAAGCGGUGAAAAGAAGACUGAACCUGAGUGAGAGCAGUUCCGGCAGUCAGGGUCACGUAGUGCCCAUGAAAGCCGACUUCAAGACGCCCAAACAGAAACGCGUCAAAGUUCUCACGCCGUACAGUCGACCGUCCAGUUCUAUGAAAAAGUACACCGAACGUUCCAGGUUUGACACAUCAUUAGGUUUACUCACAAAAAAGUUCGUUGCGUUGCUGAAGUCUUCGCCCAAUGGCGUCCUAGACUUGAACAUAGCAGCUGAACACUUAUCGGUCCAAAAACGUCGUAUCUACGACAUCACAAACGUUCUAGAGGGUAUAGGAAUAUUAGAGAAGAGAUCCAAAAAUAAUAUACAAUGGAAAUAUGGCGCGGAGGCGGCGGGCGGCGGGUCUCGCGCGCGGCGGCUGCGGCGCGAGGUGCGGGCGCUGGGCGCGCGGCAGGCGCGGGUGAGCCGCGCCGUGGGCGUGGCGGAGCAGGCGCUGUCGGCGCUGUCGGCCGACCACGGCGCCCGCGCCUACAUCACCUACGCCGACCUGCGCUCCAUCCGCGACUUCCGCAACCAGACCGUCAUACCCAUCAAGGCGCCGCCCGACACACGGCUCAGCGUACCCCACCCUGACGAGAAAGGCUACAUGAUACAUUUGAAGUCUAUGUCAGGUGAAAUCGAAGUCUACCUCUGUCCAAAAGAACGUCCUCCUUCGCCCGCAUCAACGUCGGGCGCGUUGCCGUCGGACCCGCUGCUAGAAGACAACAAGGCGUUGCUAGCGCCGCUCAUAGCGUUGCUGCAGUCCAAACCUUCUAGUUCUAUCGCCGCUGACUUCACGACGCCAAUAAAGCGCGAGCCGGUGAGCUCUCGGCCGUCGUCGCCGCUGGUGCAGGCGCCCUGCGUCACCGACCCCACCAUGCCGCUGGCCGCCGCCGCCCGCGCCGCGCGGGCUGCACUGGCCGAGCACUCGCACGCGCCGCACGUGACGCACACGCCGGCCACGCCGCACGACGCGCACACCACGCACCACGACGUGCUACACACGCCUGACAGCGGUAGCGCGCGAGGUCGACUGCGGAACGCUCUCAUAGCAGACAGCGACGACUUCGCCCCCAUCAUGGGCGGCGGCCGCUUCCAACUGCAGACGGAGGACCAGGAGUCAGAACCGCUGGAGUUGGAGCCGUUCCUGGCGCUGGAGCCGCCGAUGUCUGCAACGGACUACGGGUUCUGCCUCGACCACGACGAGGGGCUCUCCGAGCUGUUCGACUUCGAGUUCUAGUGCCGCGCGGCUCCAGCCUGCCGCGACAUCUCCAUCUCACUGCUAACCCGUCACCACAGUGCUACACUUGUGACAAACACUCCAGGUGUUGUUACUAUGCCGGUCCAUUCUCAACAACCUCGACAGUUUGAAGUGACAUUGAGAUGAUCGUGGUUUUAUUUACAGAACACUCUCAUAGUUUACUUAUUAGGUGUACAAGCAGGCAACUGUUGUGUGAGCAUUUAAGCCUAAUAUUUGUGCAGUAGCAACCCCCAAGACCAACGGAAAGCAAGCUAGCGUCAAAUAAGCAAUACGUAAGGCCAUUUUCUAGUGUUUUUGAUAAAUGUUUUUAAAGUUUAUUUUCGUUAUGUCGCGAGUAUGAUAUUGAUGCCAUUUUAUUUACGGGUAUAACACUCAUCAUGUUGAAUUUGUUGUUAUGUAUCCGAACUUGCUUGCGAUUAGUUUAGGAAAUCACAUUUUACUUUUAAUCGCUUCAUACUAAUAAAAGGAUGCGCCAGCGUUGGCAUUCGAGCGACUAAGUGAGAACGUGAACGUAUUAGGGCUAAAUAAUAGUUGCAGAGCUACUCUGCCAAUACUUGGCCCAGCUUCUUAAAUAUUUAGUGAGCCAGAUUCCCUGUAAAUAGCUAGUAAAAUAUGAGAGUGUUCUAUAAAUGCAAUAAGUGUGGCAAUGAACAUUAACAUCGCGCUCUUAGUUGUUAAAAUUGAUUUCGACGUAAAUUAUUUAGUUGGAUUGUUUUGUGACGUAGGUAUUUAACUAAUGCUCUGUUCUGUGGGACUGUAGGCGGCGCGGACUGGUAUGAUACGAUAGUUUACAGCAGAUCUCUGAGGUUCCAGCUCACACCGAGAAUGUUGUUCUAUUUCACUCGCUACGAGAUCACGAAGGGGACAAUUUAUUCGUAACACGGCCGCGCAAAAUAACUAGAUGUACGUAAGUUCUUUAUUAUUAAGGUAGAGUCUGUAGGUAGUGUUAUGGAACAUUCUCAGUAGUAGCCGGGGUUAUAGACUACAGUUUACUUCUUACAGUCGACAAACUACAACCUCGAACACUCCCAAUCUGAAAAACAUGGUGCUAAUUUCAUUUCUUCAUCUAAUAUCGUCAACUACAGUCCUACAUUAUUGGAAUAACUGAACGCUUAUAAUGAAAAUGUUCCUUGAAGGUGAUCUAAUUGAUUUAUUGUGGUAUUACUGAGUUGAGUACCGACGACCACUGGCGGGUCCUCGUCUGAGACGACACGUGGUCGACAUCCGAGGCGGGCGCAUACUGCGGACACCAAGCCGUCACACUUUAUACAACUUUGUAAAUAUAACACAUGCCAAGAUUUUUAUGCGAUCUCCAUAGUUUGUUUUUGACCCGCGAGUAGACAGAAGACAGUACACCUGCAGUAUGCCCCGCCGGGCGCCGCGCCGUGUACAUAGCGCUCAAGAGGCGCGGCGCCUGUACUGUCUGUACUGUUACUGUACAUAUACACUAAUGAACGGUGAUAUCUUAGCGGCCUUCGAUUUUACUUGUAAAGCUAGCUCUUAGUGUUCCAUACGUCAUACGUUCACGUUAGGCCUGUCGUUUGCGUACUGCACAUUGUUCCGUUAUCGAUAUUACUGAUUUGCCAAAUAUUUAGUUAAUACCUGAGUUUGUCAUUUAAGUUUCAUAAUGGGUUCGUUUAGUUGUCAUUGUAAAUAGUGUCGGGCAGGGCGGGAGCGCGGCGAACGUCAACAUUAUCAUUUCGAUAAAUAUAAUUUUGAAUGUUUAAGUACAAAGUGCGAUGCCGCGAUACCCGUCUUACCGUGUAUGUAAGUACAUUACUCGAACGCGUUGGCCCGCCUCCGCUCUGCCGUUUUUGAAUAGUGUACAGCACAAAUGUCAUUGUAAAAAAACCUAUUAAUAAGUGCAUAUCAAAAUAAUUUUAAUGUUAGAGUUAAUUUGGAGAUGUUUGUGAGCGGCUUGAGUGAGGGAGGCGCGGAGUGUCGGACACAGGCAGGCGGAACCUGGUUGCAAUACUAGUGCACGUAGUUAGGACGGAAGAGGGCGAAAUUAUUAUUUUAAACGUUUAGUUCUCCACUUUACAUUAGUUACAUUCCGUGCCCUUGUAACAACAAGCAAGAGAUCCCGCGUCUUCCAGGCAAUUGUACAUAUUAAGAUUUCGAUUCAUUCUCGAGAUUAGACUGAGAACGUGGGUUUAUGAUUAUCACGUUACUAUCAACAAUAAUAACUGCACGUCGAUACGCAUAACAUGUUCAAACUACGAGGAGUUCGGACACAAGGGCGCGGAACUAUCUCGCUGUAGCAAGUGUAAACACAUGCGACUACGUCCCGCCAGACUACCCGCUAAUAGUAUUCAAUCACUAUGUUUAUUUAUACCAUUAUUUGCGUUAUCAGGACGGUUCGUGAUUACACCUGUCGACAAAACAACAAAAGGGAUGGCUGCUAGCUUUUAUAUUGGACUGUUUCAAUCGUGACCAUCACGAAGAAAUUCUUUAAGAAUUUAUUUGAUCGUGUUAACGCACAUAAAUUAUAACAAAUAAUCUUUCUUAAUUUUUCUAGAAUUGCGCACCAUCUCCUUUUGUUGAUGGAUAUGUACGAAUUCGAUGUAAUUUCAGUAAACCUGUACAGUACGUCAGCUCUGUUGUGCUAUAACGUUUUCAAUGAAAUGAAAUCUUACUACAAAUGAAUUUAGAACAUUUUUCGUUUCAACAUCGUUAUCAUUAAGUUUUAUUUCGGUUUGAUAGGAUUUUAUCUUUUUCGUUUGAAUAUUGUAUGAAGAAAAUUUUGUUACAAAUAUCUUUUUGAAAUCAUAAAAAAUAAGUAAGCAUUUGUUUUUGCGGCGCUCGUGAAGUACCUUAUUCUAAAAUGACAAGUUUUUGAUAUCUGCAAGAUACUUUAGUUACCUCAUGUCAUGUUCCUUAAAUAUCGUCGUGAAAUCGGUAGAUAUACUAUCGAGUUCGUUGAUAUGCCUAGCAUUUUAAUGCAGCGGACAAACUGCCUAGUUGAGGAAUAUCGGUACCUGAAUGUCGAUCUUUAAGGAACACAAUCAUGUAAUCAACGCGUAGGUUGCUGUAGCCUAUGCAAUCGUUUUGUUCGGCUUGAUGCCGCCCUUCCGUAGGGGUGGCGGUUUAAUUUUAAAUUGUUUACGACACAAAUUCUGGGGCCAAACGUACGAGAAAAAGAAGUACAAAUUAUUAACAAAAAUUUUCUCGUAAUUUAGUUAAGGUUUUUACGCUACUUCCAUAGUAGGCGUCAUUCGAUGUUUCGUUCUUUACGAAUGAGUUUGUUAACACUGAGCAAUGGUUAUGUUAACGCAUUACACUGUAUAAUGUUAGUGCAGGUUUGACUUCACUCGCUUUUUAAUAUAUGGAAAUUAUUUAUUGCAAUCGCGCAUGUCUUGUAUAUCAAAAAUCAAUAAAUUGGAAAUGAUUUGUAUUUAUAUAAAAUCAGCUUUCUGCCAGUACUUUAUUAACAGUCUGUCUUACGAAACAGUUUAUCUGACAAAUUUUACCAUGAGGUAGGUCAAAUAGAAAUUAAAUCAUAGAGUAUCUGUCGAGACCCUGUAAACCAGACUGUUUAUAUUUACUGUUAGCAGACUGCCUUCCUAAUCAAUCCUGUAAUUUGUUAAGAUAGCCUCAUAAUUUUACGCUUACAUAAUAGCUGUCAGUAUUUUUAUAUUUCAGUUGAAUACAUUGGAAUAUACUCAUAACUUGUUUCCACUCUGCUUCGAUAGUUUGAUGAGGAUCUCAAAUUAAAAUGUUCGUAUUGUUUGUCUAAGUUAAUAUGUGAAACUAUCGACGUGGGGCACAACUGUUACAACGAUUUUAGUCCGUACAUAAUAACGUCAGUUCGACGGUCCACAGGGUCCUAAUGUAGUAUUUCAAUACAGACAAUAUUAAACUUAAAUUGGAACUUCAGAUUGAGUGGCGACGUAGACCCACUGUUUACAAUUUGUGGUGCGGGAUACACACAGAUAUCACUGGUAGUAUUCUAUCUUAUUUCUUGUCUGUAGAUGUACUUAUUUUGUUUAUAAACUGCGAGGUAGCCUAGUGUGAACAUUGUCAAUGAAAGGGUUGUAACCAGACAAGUUAAGUUUUGCUCGUAGAUGCAGACUGUCUGCUGUAUAAUAUGAAAUGGAGACUUCAUCGGCAAGUUUUGUGUAAUACUUUAUCUGGUUUUAAUAUAACAAAUUGAAGGUGCAAUGUUAUAAAUAUGUAUUUAUAGUGUGUGUGAGCGCGGAGGGACGGAGAGCGGAACUCGCUCGGAGGUAACGAUACGCUUGUUUGCGCCAUUUGUUGUUGGUGUGAGGCCUGUUUGAUUUGUAUUCAUUUGUGUUGAAAGACUGAGGUUGAUUAUUCCAGUUUCGACGAACGUGCGAGUUAUUUGUUGAUUGAAUUUAAAUAUAAAGUCAUAUAUAUAGUUAGGUUAUAUUUUUUAAUAAAUAUAAUAUUGAGAUAUGUAAUAUA